AUGUCUGCAAUUAUAUCGUCCGAUGAAGACACUGACAGCGGCUGCGAGAGCCGUUCAUCCGGAAUCAAACAGACCGAUGCAGGCCAAGUGGCUGUUGCAGCUGGGAACCACCAGGCGCGGACGAGGAAACGAUGGUCAAGCCACUCCAAAGAGAAGGGGCGGCUGCGGAGCUCGGUGCUUGCAGACGGCGUGCACGAGGGCGUCAAGGACAAUCACAUUUCGCCGGGCCAACUGUACUCCACGGAGUCUGGGCGGCUUUUCCACGCGGGAAAGAUAUUGAUCGUUCUGGUGGGCCUUCCAGCGACAUCCAAAACGCUUGUUUCGGUGGCAAUUACGCGCUAUACGCGGUGGCUCGGGGUGCGCACGCAAUCCUUCCAUGUGUCCGAGUAUCGGCGGGCGCGGGUGCCGCAGGGGAUGGUGAAGCUACCGCUGGACUACUUCUCUGCCAGGCCAGUUACGCCGGAAGGGAUCAGACUGCGGCGCACGCUGAUAGCCGAGAUCCAGGCGGACAUGAAGAAGUUCUUCGAGCAGGGACAGCUUGCUGUCUAUGAUGGGAUGAACAUCAUGCGCGAGGAGCGCAGAAUGCUCGCCGAGGAGUUUGCUGCUCUUAAUGUAAAAGUAUUCUUCGUUGAGUCUGUCGUGAGCGAGUCAAUUCUGAGGGCGCGCACAGUGGAGAUGGCAGCAGCCUCUGCAGACUACAAGGGUUGGAAUAGGCAGGAUGCAUUGGAGGACUACAAGCAGCGCAUUGAGUUGAAUAGGCCUCUGUACGAGGAGAUGAGUCCCUCGGAGGGGCUGAGUUAUGUGAAGUACUUCAACUUCGGGGAGAAACUAGUGGUUAACAAUAACUACCAUGGAUUUUUGAUCAAUAAAACAGUGUUCUUCCUGAUGAAUCUUCGAGACAAAAAAGGCUGUGUGUAUUUUGCGCGUUGUGGCACAAGUGAUAAGGACAAAUACAUCGACGACGAGGUUCUCAAUGACGAGGGCAUCGAAUACUCGAAAGUGCUUACAGAUACGGUGCUAGAACGGAUAAACAACAGGAGGAGGGAGCAAAACGACACCCCAGGGCAGUACGAGUCUUUGCCUCUGACAUCUUCAUGCAAAUCAUAUUCUUCGGACCUGGAAAGUCCCCUCAUUUCCACUUCAGCCACAUUAAAGCGCACCGAAUCGCUUGGUAAGGCGGCGCUGAGACAGCAUGCGUCGGGCGAUGGUACUGAUGAAGACUCAUUUGUCGUUUGGACAGCCCCUCGCAAGAGAACGCACGAUACUGCCAUGUAUUUCGUCGACAAGAAGAUAACUGUACGUCAGCGCUCUCAACUGCAGCAGCUGCACCCCGGGGUGGUGGCUGACCUCUCAGAGGAGGAAAUAGUUUCUCAGUUUGCAACAGAACACAAAGAGUACAUGAAGGAUCCUUACCACUACCGCUUCCCUCGUGCGGAGUCUUAUCACGAUCUGGCCGUAAGGAUAGAACCUCUACUGCUGGAGAUGGAGCGCAUGUACGGCGACAUAUUGAUUAUUGGACACGAAUCUACACUAAAAAUUCUCUACGGUUACGUGACUGCAUGCUCUUGCCACGACAUCCCAUCGUUGAGCUUCACGCGGGAUGAGCUGAUCGAAGUGUCCUUCGGUCCGUUUGAAAAUAAAAUUGCGAAAAUACCCUUGGUUGUGGACAAAAAGCGUGUAAGUAAACAGGUUCCUGGCUGA